AUUCGAUUCUAAUCUGAUUUCGGUGAUUUCGCAUUCGGUUUUUUCUUUUUUUUUAAAUUUAUUUUAUCUGUUUUUCUCCCCUCGGUUAUUAACUUUUAAAUUGUCCAAAUGUAUAGCCAUUAUUUGUAAUCAGCAAAAGAAAACUUGAUAAAAAAAUAACAAAGAAUUCCAAAGUAAAGAGCAGAGAAAGAGAAAAUGAAACAAUUAAAUGAAUUGUUUUUGUAUAUGAUUAUAUUGAAAUUAUUAUUUCAAUUAGCUGAUUGUCUGUAUGAAGAUCAGAUUGGAAAAUUUGAUUGGCGUCAACAAUUUGUUGGUCGUGUUGAUCAUGUUCUUCGAGCUUCUGAUAUCUGGCAAGAUCAUCAAUUAUUAAUAACAUCAUCACAUAGUGGUUCAUUAUCGGGUCUUUAUCUUCGUAAUGGUUCGAUAAAUUGGCGUCAUUUAUUAGAAAAUUCAUCAUCUAUUGAUUUUCUAUCAUCAUGGCCAAAAUCAUCACCAUCAACAAUGGAUUUUUCCUGUCCAGUAUUAUCGGUGAAUGGACAUGGCCGUUGGAUUCGUUGUUGGAAAACAUCCGGUAUUCUUUUAUCCGAACAUUUUUUACCCAAUGAUUUUCUUAAUGAAAUUGAUAAUGAUCCAAGUAAUUUUGAUUUAUUAUUCAAAUUGAUUCGUGAUCCACAACAACAACAAAAACAACAACCCGCAUUAUUAAUAGUAAAAAUUUCACGAAAAAAUUAUUUAAUGGAAUUUUUUCAUUAUCAAUUUCGUCAAAGAAAAUUACAAUCAUUAACAAGAUUAAUUGUUGGUAAAUGGUUAGAUACAAGUAAAUGUCAUAUGAUUACUUCGGAACAUAUGAUUUGUAUUGAUCAAAAAGAUCGUGGAUUUCAAUUUAUUGAUCUCAAUAAUGUUAAUGAUGAUGAUGAUAAAUCAUCAUCAACAACAACCGCAAGACAAUUUAAACGUAUUCCGUUGUCCACAUUUGGUUUGACCACUGCAGCAAAUCUUACCGAAAACAAUAAUAAUAAUGACAAGAUUCGUAUACAAUUAUUACCGGAAUUAUUUGGUGAUGUUGAUAAAACAACAACAAUAUCAAAAGCAAAAUCAAAUUAUUUAAUAUCAAAAUAUUUUGCCAUAAAUUUGGGUAAUGGACAAGGUAUUGUAUUGUUUAAAAUUGUAUCCGAUGAUCUUCAAGAUAAUAGUGGUGGUGGUGGUAGUUCGUCAAUACGUUUGGUAAAAGUAUUUCCAUAUGCUCAUCGUAUUACAAUCAUUCCGUUGAUAUCAUCAUCACAAGAAUCAUCCAUCAGCAAUCAAAAUGAAAUUGAUCAACAAGAAUUUGGUGUUGUUGUUAUGUUUACAAAAUCUGAACCAAUUCCAUAUGAAGAUCAAAAUGAUGCCCGAAAUGAACAAAAAGUUUUUGCUAUUAAAUUGGCUAUAUUUCAUCUGGAAUCAUGGAAUGAUAUUACAACGACAAUUUCAUCCAAAUCAAUAUUAUUUGAAUUUGGUGGAAGAAAUUCACUUUCGCCCGUUGCAUCAAAUGGUAAACUAGUAAAACGUUUAGAUAAACAAUGGUCGGUUGAUCGAUUUGAAAUUAUUCCCAUACGAACAAUGGUACCGAACAAUCGAUUGGGUCGUAAUCAAUUUCGUUAUACAUAUAAAUUAUUAUUAACAACAUUGGAUGGAACAUUGAUUGUAACGAAUUUAAUGGGAAAAAUUAAUUGGGCAAGGGAAGAAGCAUUGGCUGAAAUAAAUAGUCUUGUUAUGAUUGAUUUACCAUUAUCCGAAGAUGAUGCAACAUUAGAACAAGAAUAUGGAUUUGAUGAACGUAAUACAAAUAUUGUAUCAAUGUUUAUACAUCGUAUACGUUCACAAAUCAUACAAUUAAUGUCAUUCAUACGACAAUCAUAUCAUAGUUUAAUGCAUAGUAUGAUUAUAUUGAAACAACAUCGUACACAACGUUCAAAUCAACAACAACAACAACAAUUGGAUGAUGAUAUUUCAUUUACAAUUGAUCAACAACAAGAUCAAUUACAAAAUGAUGAUUCUGAUGAUACAGAAGAAAUAUUGAUUCGAGAUUAUUUUGGUUUUCAUAAAGUAAUUAUUGCCCGAACAAAAUCGGGUAAAAUAUUUGCAUUGGAUACAAUAACCGGUCGUAUAAUUUGGACAAGAUAUGAACCAUGGUUAGCUAUUCAUACGGAUAAUAAUGAUGAUGAUGUUCAAUUUCCAAUAUGGAUACAACGUAAUAAUGCUCAUUAUACACAUUCAGCUGUUUGUACUAUAUUGAAUUCAUUUGAAGAUCAAAAACGUACAUUUUUAUAUUCAUUUGAUCCGGUUACUGGUAUAAUAUUGGAUUCCAAAUGGCUACCAUAUCGUACAAUACAAGCAAUGUUAUUACAAACAAUUUAUGAUGAUAAUACUUUUCAACGACCAUUAUUAUUACUUGAUUCAGAAUAUAAUGCAUAUUUAUAUCCAGAUACAAUGGCAAUGAAAAAAUUAUUUCAAAAUAUUGCUUCAAAUCAUUUUAUGAUGAUUCUGAAUAAAACUGAUGCAUUAUUAACUGGUUAUAGUUUUGCUGGUUCCAAUGUUGUUGAUAAUGGUCCACGUGCAACACCUGUAUGGCAAUUUCGUUUACCACAUGAAACGAACAAAUUAAUAUCGAUCAAAUCAAUAUUUAAACGUCCACAUGAAAUGGUUCAUUCACAAGGUCGUGUACUUGGUGAUCGUAAUGUUCUGUAUAAAUAUUUAAAUCCAAAUUUGGUUGCUAUACUUGUUGAAUCAUUAGAUAGUCAAGAUAAAUCAUUUAUAACAAUGUAUUUAAUUGAUUCAAUAACUGGUAAUAUUAUCUAUUCAAUUGUACAUCGUCGUACACGUUGCCCUUGUCAAGUGGUUCAUUCGGAAAAUUCAAUUAUUUAUUCAUAUUAUAAUGAUAAAAUGCGUCGUAAUGAAUUAUCAUCAAUAGAAUUAUAUGAAGGUUUUAAUCAAAUUAAUUCAACAGCAUUUUCAUCAAUUGGUCGUGAUUUAUGGGCAAUACCAAAUGUUGAACAAAAAUCAUUUAUAUUUCCAACUGGUAUUGGUAUUAUGACCGAUACUGAAACAUUGAAAGGAAUAACCAGUAAACAUAUCUUAAUUUCAUUACCAACUGGUGGAAUAUUGGAAUUACCACGCGCCUUUUUAGAUCCACGACGACCAAUUCGACCAACACAAGAACAUGCUGAAGAAGGUCUUAUACCAUAUGUACCUGAAUUACCAAUACCAUCCGAAACUAUUAUUAAUUAUAAUCAAACAGUUUUUAAUGUACGUGGUAUUGUAACUGCACCAGCUAGUCUGGAAUCUACAUCACUUAUCUGUGUUUAUGGUAUUGAUAUUUAUUAUACACGUGUAACACCAUCAAAAACAUUCGAUAUACUAAAAGAUGAUUUUGAUCAUUUACUUAUUAUGGCCGUACUUUUAUUAUUGAUAAUAAUGUCUUAUUUGGUUAAAUAUUUAGCAGCAAAAAAAUCAUUGAAUGCUGCUUGGAAAUGAAUUUUAUAAUCUUGGCUCAUUUAUCAAAUUCUAUGUUUUUUUUAUACAAAAUAUUCCUGACUAAUUUAGUCUAGUCAAUUUUGAAACGAAUCCGAAAACAGAAACAAACAGAAACUAUAGAAUUUCAACGGUAGAAAAUUUUCCAAAACAACAAAACAAAAAAGAUCACAACAGAUAUAUAGUCACAAAAUAACAUAGAUAGUUUUCAUCAAAC